AAGAGGGACGGUACAGCGAUUUGUAAACAUGGCUGUUGAGGGGACCAGCGUGGCCCUACCGCAGUUUCUUAAGAAAAUAGAACUGAUAAAACAGGGUGCAGAAGCUCGUGUAUAUCGAGGGUCGUUUUUGGGCAAGCCAACCAUUGUAAAAGAAAGGUUUCCGAAAUUGUAUAGACACCCGUUGUUGGAUGAAAAACUCACACAUCGCAGAACCGUGCAAGAGGUGCGCUCAAUACUUCGCUGUCGAAAAGCUGGAAUAUCUGCACCAGUCGUCUACUUUGUAGACUACACCUCCCACUGCAUCUUCCUUGAAGACAUCGUCGGCUCCAUCACCGUACGAGACCACAUCGCCUCCACACAGCUGUCCUCUGCCCAGAAAAGCCCAGAGGAACACCUGGACCAGCUCGCUCAGAAGAUGGGUCAGAUUCUAGCCAAAAUGCACGAUGAGGACGUUGUCCAUGGAGACUUGACCACUUCCAACAUGCUGUUGAAGGCGGGCGCUGAGAGCGGAGAGACGGAGCUGGUCCUCAUUGACUUUGGCCUGAGCUACAUAUCGGCGCUGCCUGAGGACAAGGGAGUGGACAUGUACGUGCUGGAGAAAGCUUUCCUCAGCACCCACCCCAACACUGAGGCUCUGUUCGAGAAGCUGCUGAAGGCCUACGCAGCCUCGUCCAAGAAGUCCCACGCUGUCAUCAAAAAGCUUGACGAAGUUCGGCUGAGAGGGAGAAAGAGGUCGAUGGUCGGCUGAGAGGGAGAAAGAGGUCGAUGGUCGGCUGAGAGUGAGAAAGAGGUCGAUGGUAGGUUAAAGGGAACCUACGAGAUAAUCUGUGCAAAUGCAUUUAUAAUGACAUGCCCUGUUUGGCACUGAUUUGUUAAGUUCUAUUUGAUAUUUGUAUGGGAGCAUAUAGGCAUAGAGACUGUCAGUGCCACAAUGUUAUGUUACUAGAAAUAUUAGUUUUUGAAAUAAAAGACUGCUCGCUUUA